AUGCGAACGCCCGCGCGUGCCGUCGCCGCGCUUGCGACUGCUGCUCUUCUCUUUGGCUGCGCGAGCGCGCAGACGAACGCUGCCCUGGGCAGAUCCGUCGACAUCGACUUCUCCGAGCAGUCCGACAGCUUCACCUCCCAGGGGCCCGUGUCCUACGGCUCCGACGGCGCGUCCUUCACCAUCACCAAGUCGGGCGAUUCGCCCAAGAUCGAGUCCAAAUGGUACAUCAUGUUCGGAAAGGUCGAGUUCACCAUGAAGGCUUCGCCCGGCGCCGGCAUAGUCAGUUCCGCCAUCUUGCAGUCCGACGACCUCGACGAGAUAGACUGGGAGUGGCUUGGAUCCGACGCAGACGAGGUGCAAACCAACUACUUUGGCAAGGGCCAGACCACCACCUACAACCGCGGCGCCUUCCACGCCGAUGCCGGCAGCCAGACCGGCUUCAAGACGUACACCAUCGAAUGGACUGCCGAAGAGCUGGUGUGGCAGAUUGACGGCGUCACCGUCCGGGCCCUGAAGCCGGCCGACGCAAGCGGCCAGUAUCCGCAGACGCCGAUGCAGAUCAAGAUCGGGUCCUGGGCCGGCGGUGAUACUGAUCUCAACUCUCCCGGCACGGUCGAGUGGGCCCGCGGGCCCACGGACUACUCGCAAGGACCCUUCACCAUGCAGCUGAAGUCGCUCGCCGUCACCGACUACUCGACCGGCACCCAAUACAAGUACGGCGACAGCAGUGGCACCUGGCAAUCCAUCGUGGCCGUCGAUGGCACCGUCAACUCGGGCGGCAGCAACGUCGACAGCGCCGCCCCAGCCGUGACGUCAAGUUCCAGCGGACAGCCGAUUCCCUGGUCGGGUACCCAUGACUCUUCAUCCACCUACGUCCGGCCAUCGGUGUACCCGUGGGUGCCCGAGUCGACGACGCUCGCAACGGCGUCGACUCAGACGGCUACCAGCUACCCAGGCCUCCCAAGCGGCUGGACUGUAACAAGUUCCGGCAAGGUCGUCCCGCCUAGCUCGGCCCCUUCGACAUCCCCACCCGCUUCGCCUACCUCGUUGUCUGCAGCGUCUCGGCCGGAUUCCUCCUCGGCUGGAGACACUGAAGUCCUCACCACGUUUGACCAACAUGGCUUCACCACCGUCGUCACGGUCGCAGCCGGAGCGGCAAAGUCGGACUACUGGCGCGGUGUCAUGACGGCAGCGCCGGAUGCGCAAAAGCAAUCGGCUGAGACGUCGGGCUCCGCGGCGCCAAGUCCAACCGCAGCCGGGGGGUCAAGUCGAGCUGGGCCGGUGUGGCUGAGUUUUGUUGCGUGUUUCUUCUUCUCAGCAUUCUCCCUUUGGUAA